AUGAUCAUUUCAUCAGAACCAACCGGGAAAAAAUCUAUGAGUUCAUAUGCGAAUGGUGAAAUGUUCCCCCACAUUUGCAGAAAUACCGAAGCGGGGAAUAAACAGACUGUGCAACAAGCUCUCGAUCCAUCAGAGUUUCCCAACGCUAGAUAUAGAUGGAGGAAAUUAAAAAUGAACUACUCGGAGGAGAUCCUACGAAUGUAUCCUUACCUAGCGGAGCCUGAUUCCGACGGGGAUGAUGACAUUGAGGAAGGAGAAGAAGACGAGUAUGUGAGGUGGGACCCUGUUCAAAAAGUCCAUGUGAAGAGAGAAACACCGCUUCGAGAAAUAGCGAAUCAGAAUACCGGCACAAUACCGACCGCGGAAACCGAGCGGUUCCUCCCGGAAGAUAUGGUUACUGUCGAGAUACUUCUAAAGAUGGUUUCUGAGGCUGAUGAUUUUCCUUUAAACUCUACAGCGCCAGAACUAUCUCCAACGCGGGCCUCUACACCCCCAAACACAUCAAUUUCCGAGUCAUUGCCGCUUCCUAGGGCACACCUUGGUAGUGAACAUGAUCGACCGCUCGAGGCAUAUGACCAUCUACCCACCACAAGACAGCAAGAUGAGUUGUUUAUAGAACCACUAGGCCAUCAAAACAACGAGAAAAACAUCGAUCUCUUACCUGAGUGUGUUCUACGAGGUUUACAGCAAAAGACGGAGGAAACUCGGGUCAAAUCUGAUUUUAAAGAAUCGUGCACGAUGUCUAAUUCUCCUGGGCUGCCCAAGACAUUGAGCCGUGAAACCAGCUGUCUUCAAAACGAGGAAAACAAUUGUUCGCUAGCUAUCGAAGACAUGGAAGCUGUCAAUGAAGAUGCAAAAUCCAUGGAGGAAUUAGAGAAGGUUUUCGCAGAACCAAGCCGCUACUUCGUGGCGGGAAUCAAAAACAGGCUUCUGCGCAACUUUCAGUUCAACGAGUGCAAUCCAGAGCACCGUUUUCAUGGUUUUCGAGGCUGUAAGAGCUCACGGAGAGCUAUUAUCGUUUAUAGACGCACAUACAAGAGACCGAUGUCGCGGGUGAUUUAUCAGCCGAAGCCGCUGCGUAAGCAAUGGGGUACACACCUGGAUAAUGACCAAACGAUCGCUGUGUGUGAAGCUAUUGACAAGAACCGCCCCGAGAUAGGGGAUUAUUACAGCUGCGAAUUCACACCGUCCACUAAGAAAGAAGCUACAGAUCUAGGCAAUAAACCAGUCAACCCCCCAAACCUCUGGGGGGUGUUGAAAAUCGAUAAUAACCCUAAACUUACGCACUCAAUUGAUAACCAUGGUGCGUCUCUGGGUAUGCUUGACCUUGUAAACUGUGGAUACAUGCCUUUAGAAAAAUCUCUUAGCGUAACGGUUGGCGGUUACUUUGGUUUCAGUGCUUCAAUCUCUGAGCACAUUCCGGAUUAUGAUAGGGAUUUGGUGGACCGCUGUUUGUCAGCGACGAAGAAACGUCCAGGCCCGGUAUUAGUAACAGAAGAACCUUCAGAUACUUUGCCGGAUAUGGCGAGAGAUCUGGCCUAUCGAAGGGGCGAAGCUGCAGGUCGCCAGCACAUGAUGGAAGCUGCCAUGAAGAUAGCCAAUGAGAUCGUCAAACAAAAACUCUACAACGCAUGCUCUGAAAAGUCAGAAUUCUUAGACACCGAUCUGACGAUCAAACGGAGUUUACAGCAGGCUGCUUUAGGUUCCUAUGAGGACCAUACUCAAUAUGAGGAGGUCUCGAGCCAUGCGCGGGCAGUUCGCGAACACCACUCUCCACAUACGGAACUUGAAGAAGUGAAAAAUCAGCAUGGAAAAGAACCCAUCGAUUGGUCUAACAAGAAGACAAAUGAGUUCAGAAGGUCAUGCGGGAUAUCUGAUCAUAGUCUCAAGGAGUAUCCCUUAAGUCUAAAGAAUUCCGGUGAGAAGCGUAAGCACCACGAAGAGCUUGAGGAAGUUAAGAGUUCUUCUCGUAAGCACCGCCGCCGUAGAUCCGCUUCCAAAGAAAAUGAUUCUCGUCAUUAUCGCCUGCAGGAUAAGAGUCGUAGUCGUAGCGGGCCUUCUAAAGAUUCCGGCCGUCGAUACGACGAGAAAAAUAGUCCCAGCAGACCACACAAGGACGCCCGCCGCCGACAUGACGAUAGUGAUAUUCCUGGCAAAUCUUAUAAAGACUCUCGUCGCCGACAGGAUAGGAGUCACAGUGCCAGCAAAUCCAGGGAGUCAGACCGUCGACUCAAUGAGAAAAAUAGUCCUAGUAAAUCACACAAGGGCUCCCGCCGCCGAAAUGGCGAUAUUGAUAGUCCUGGAAGAUCUCACAAGGACCCCCGCCAUCGUCAACACGACGAAGUUAACAGCCCUAGCACGAUUUACAAGGACUCUCGUCGAAAGAAAAGCGAGCGAGAAACUGAAAAGUCUCAUACCAAGACUCAAGACCGUUCUCCUAAUCGUGGUCGUCAUAGAGACCGUGGUUGUGAAUCCAGUGAAUAUCAGGCGGCAGAGAAAAUUAUUGGAGACAUAGUUAGGCGCAAACGCAAACAUUGUACUCCUUCUCCACCCCCUCCACCCCCAAGUUUGGUGAAAGUUAAACCCCAGAAAGAGAUGCAAAAGAGUAUCUUCGCAACUCCUAAUGAGGUAAAUGAGCAGAAAUGUCUUGAAGAAGUAAGCAGAUCUCGACGUUCUUCACAGGAGCACCACCAAAGUACCCCAAUUUCUGAUACAAUCCGGGAUAUAAAAGUCAAAGAAUUUCCACUCAUAGCAGAAACCAUUGCUGCGAAGGAGAAAUCCGCUACCCCCAAAGUCAUUCCUACUAAUCUGACCAUCCAAAAAGAAGCCACUAGCAAAGAAGAAGCUUCUCAAACCGAUGUUCGCCCGACUUCGAAGGUCGGACGGACCCUCGUGAAGGAGGGUACAGACAAGGAAGUUUGCAAAGUCGAGGUCCGCAAGAGUUUAGAUAUUGGAAAUCGCACGAAGAGGGCUUCUAGUAAUGUAGAAUCCCCACGAACCGAGUUUUAUCAGACCUCGAAGGUUACAGCUUCCACGAUUGAAGCUUAUCAGACCUUACAGGAUGGGCCUAGUAUUACAAAGAAGGCCGCAGGCAAAGAAGCUCCCCAAGUUGAAGUUCAACAGACCUCAAAGAUUCCAGGUUAUGUAGAAGACUCCACCAGCAGGGAGGAACCUCUACGGGCCGAUGUGAAUCUGAAUUCGCAGGCCCUCGUUUUAAAAGCCUUUAUCACAAUCAAAGCAAUGGUCCUCGAGAUUAUCAGUCUCCAAAAAUCCAUCAUCCUCAUGAGUAUCACUCUCACAGUUACCAACCACAAGGCCACUACCCUCCAGGCCACUACCCUCAAGAUCACUACGCUCAAGGCCAUUACCCUCAAGGUCAUUUACCUCAGGACCAUAUUCCCCAGGGCCAUCUCUCUCAAGGCCAUGUCUCUCAAGGUCAUUCCCCUCAGGGUCAUCCCUCUCAAGGCUACCAUUCUCAUGGCUAUAAUUCUCAUAGCUACAAUUCUCAUGGCUACUACGCUCAAGACCAUCAACCUCAAGUCAACAAAUUCCAGGGCCGUACAGAUCAGGGCAAUCAGAACCAGAGCCGUCACGGUAAUUUUUCUUUGGUUCCUGAUGGAAACUUGA